GCCAUGGAGCAGCCAGAGGAGCAGCCCGACGGUGAUGGGGGGAUGGCACCCAGCACCCACAGAGGUACCACGAAGUCCCCAGAGAUGGACACCCCCGACAGCCUGGUGAUGUCACCACCACUGUCCCCGUCACUCGGCCUGGACUGGCCCUGGGGGCUGCCCCCCGCACCCCACCCGGGUACCCAGAAACCCUACAAAUGCACCGAGUGUGGCAAGGCCUUCGGGCAGAGCUCGCACCUGAUGAGGCACCUGGGCACCCACACUGGCGAGAAGCCCUACAAGUGUGGGGCCUGUGCCAAGACCUUCACCCAAAACUCCAACCUCCUGCAGCACCAACGCACCCACACCGGGAAGAAACCCUACGAGUGCGGUGCUUGCGGCAAACGUUUUGGCUGGACCUCCAACCUCAGCCGGCACCACCGUCUCCACAGCGGCCAGAAGCCUUUCCAAUGUGGCCAGUGCGGCAAAUGCUUCGGCGAGAGCGCCCAUCUCCUUGAACACCAACGCACCCACACCGGUGAGAAGCCCUACCACUGCCCCGACUGUCCCAACACCUUCAGCCGCAGCUACCACCUCGCUCGCCACUGCCGCCUCCACGCAGCUGAGCGGGGGCCUGGUCCAGCCCUGGUGAUGCAGCGGGGGCUCUGA